CCUGCUACCUUCUCAUCCGAAGAUUCCCAAAUCUCAACGGCAAUGGCACUUGUUCGUGAGCGUCGACAGAUCAAUCUCCGCCUCCCUCUGCCGGAACCCUCCCAACGCCGCCCUCGUUUCCCCUUGCCUCUCCCGCCUUCUUCUUCUUCAACAACCACCGCUUCUUCUUCAACCUCUUCCGCCGCGUUCUCCAUGUCGGAUUUCGAGAAGCUCCACGUCCUCGGCCACGGAAACGGCGGCACAGUUUACAAAGUGCGCCACAAGAGAACUUCGGCGAUCUACGCCCUCAAAGUCGUCCACGGCGACAGUGACCCCGCCGUCCGCCGCCAGAUCUUCCGCGAAAUCUCCAUCCUCCGCUGCACGGACUCGCCGCACGUGAUCAAGUGUCACGGCACCUCCGAUAUUCCCGGCGGAGACAUCGCGAUCCUGAUGGAGUACAUGGACGCUGGAACCCUAGAAAGCUUGAUGAAAUCGUCGCAGAAGAAAGUGUUCUCCGAAGAUUCCCUGGCGAAAAUCGCCAAGCAAGUGCUCCUCGGCCUCGAUUACUUGCACUCUCACAAAAUCAUCCACCGAGAUCUCAAGCCGGCGAACCUUCUGGUUAAUCGUGAGAUGGAGGUGAAAAUAGCGGACUUCGGUGUGAGUAAAAUGAUGCGCCGGAGUUUGGACCCCUGCAACUCAUACGUCGGAACUUGCGCCUAUAUGAGCCCCGAGAGGUUCGAUCCGGACACAAACGGCGGGAAUUACAACGGUUACGCCGGAGACAUCUGGAGCUUAGGGCUGACCUUGAUGGAGCUUUACAUGGGCCACUUCCCCUUCCUGCACGAGGGACAGAGGCCCGACUGGGCAACGCUAAUGUGCGCCAUAUGUUUCUGCGAACCGCCCAGCUUGCCGGCCGAAGCUUCACCGGAGUUCAAGGACUUUAUAGAUUCCUGUUUGCAGAAGGAAUCCAGUAAGAGGUGGAGCACUCAACAACUUCUGCAACACCCCUUUGUGAAGGAUAUUGAAUUCAAAUCCCAAAUUAAUUCACAAAAUUAAAAAAAAAUAAAAAUAAAAAUCCGGGGAAUCUACAAUGAUUUCUUUGUAUGAGGAGGAUUCCUGAAUUUCUGUGUAGAUAUAGAACUUCCUUUUUUGAAUUUUUGAUUCAGUUGGAUGUAUAUUCUUCUUCCAUGAAUCUUCUGCUCUGUGUAGAUCGAGAAAACGGAUCCGAAUCUGCAGUAGUUCUACUGUAGAUAUUGAGAGAUUAAUAUAACUUGUUUCAAUUAAACUUCUCUGUA